CUUUCUUUCCUUUUUUUCCUCAUCCUCUGCUUGUCUGUCACCAACAGGCUAGGCUUUCACCUGCGGACUCGAGUCUACGGUUCUUUUCCUUCCUCAGGACUGCUCUUUUCUCCUCCAAGAGAAGACAGCCCGCCCCGACUAAGAAGCCACCUUAGAAAAGUCAAAGAGAGAUCGACCCUCCAUCGACACUCUCCCACGACCCCUCCAGUUCCCGCCUGUCGCAUCUUUCGUUAGAAGCGCAGUACCGACAAUCCUCUCCUCCUCCCUCCCUCCUCCAUUUCCGGUAGAAACUUCCCCUCUACAAACAGCGACAAAAUCUAUAACUCAAGAUGGCCGCAAAGGAGACCGCACAGAGCAUCAAGGUCCUCGACGACCUGAUGCAAAAGCUCACCAUCUCCAAGGAGGUCGACGCUAUCAAGGGUGCUUCAAACGACCUGGCGUCCUUCAUCAACGGCGACAUUGUUGACUUCGAUGUCCCCAUCAAGACCGUCGAGGCUCUGAGCAAGCAGCUUGCAAACAAGAAGGAUGCCACUGCUCGCGAGAAGGCCCUGAAUGCCAUCGAGGCCGUUGCCCGCCACUCCCAGGUCGCUCCCCACGUUGAGCCUUUCCUGGCACAACUUCUGCCUGGUGUUCUUGCCGCCGCUGGCGACAAGAUUACUGCUGUCAAGAAUGCCGCUUUCGCCGCUGGCCUGGCGAUUGCCGAGGCUAUCAACCCCAACUCCAUCAAGACCAUCAUCGAGCCUCUCGGCAAGUCCAUCAAGGAUGCCCUGAAGUGGCCCGAGAAGAUGCUCGCUUUGGACAUACUCGACAAGCUCAUCAGCACUGCUCCCCUCCAGACUACCUUCCGCGUGCCCGAGCUGCUGCCCGUCAUUUCCGAGGCCAUGUGGGACACCAAGAAGGAGGUCAAGGAGCGCGCCUACAAGGCCAUGGAGAAGCUCUGCACCCUCAUCUCCAACAGGGAUAUCGAGAGGUUCAUCCCUGAGCUCAUCAAGUGUAUCGCCAAGCCAGAGAACGUGCCCGAGACUAUCCACACUCUGGGUGCCACCACCUUCGUCCAGCGUGUCGAGCAGCCCACCCUCGCCCUCAUGGUCCCUCUGCUGGACCGUGGUCUGAACGAGCGUGACACUGCUAUCAAGCGAAAGGCUGCUGUCAUUGUCGACAACAUGUGCAAGCUCGUCGACGACCCCAAUAUUGUCAACCCCUUCUUGCCCAAGAUGUGGCCGGCUCUGCAGAAGAACUUUGAGAACAUUGCCGACCCUGAGGCCCGUGGCAAGACCAAGGUGGCCCUCGACACCCUGGCCCGCGUUGGUGACAUCAAGGACGGUGUUAUCCCCCCUGCCCGCCACGACAGUGAGCUCCACGUCGUCCUGGGCAAGCUCAAGGACGUCCUCAAGUCCAAGCACGCCGCUGUGGCUGCUGACAAGUUCGAGCCUGUGCUCAAGCACGUCUCCGCCAUCGCUGGUCAGCUGAUCGACGAGAAGGUGACCGACGGCAAGGACUGGAUCAGGAACACCAAGUCCUACGUCUCUGUGCUGGUCGGUGAUGACAACGCCGAGUCCGUCAUUGAGGCUCUCUUGAAGGCUGCUUCCCCCGAUCUGGGUGAGGUCGCCGCCGUUGAGGAGAUCGAGGACGAUGGCGAGGUUCUCUGCGAGACCGAGUUCUCGCUCGCCUACGCCGCCAAGAUCCUCCUGACCGAGACCAAGCUCAAGCUCAUCCGCGGCCGCCGCUACGGUCUCUGCGGUCCCAACGGUGCUGGAAAGUCUACCCUCAUGAGGGCCAUCAACAACGAGCAGGUCGAAGGUUUCCCUAAGCAGUCUGAGGUCAAGACCGUCUUCGUUGAGCACGACCUGGAUGCCGCCGAUACUGAGAUGACCACUAUUGACUGGACCAUGAUGAAGCUGAAGUCUGCCAACGUCGACGUCUCCCAGAAGGAGGUCGAGGACAAGCUGAACUCUUUCGGCUUCACCGACGCCAUGGUCAAGGGCGAGAUCACCUCUCUGUCUGGUGGUUGGAAGAUGAAGCUGGCUCUGUGCCGUGCUGUCUUCGAGAACCCCGAUAUUCUGCUGCUGGACGAGCCUACCAACCACUUGGACGUCAAGAACGUGGCCUGGCUCGAGGAUUACCUGAAGAACAGCACUUGCACGUCCAUCAUGGUUUCUCACGACUCCGGUUUCCUGAACCGUGUGUGCCAGUACAUUGUGAACUACGAGCGCUUCAAGCUCAAGACGUACAAGGGUAACCUGGAGGACUUUGUCCGCCAGAACCCUGCCGCUAAGUCGUACUUCGAGCUUGGUGCUUCCGAGAUGGAGUUCUCUUUCCCCGAGCCCGGUUUCCUCGAUGGUGUCAAGACCAAGGCCAAGGCCAUUCUGCGUGCCAACAAGAUGGGCUUCCAGUACCCCAACACCCCUAAGCCCCAGAUCUCCGACAUCACCUUCCAGUGCUCCCUGGGCUCUCGUAUCGCCGUCAUCGGUCCCAACGGUGCUGGCAAGUCUACCCUGGUCAACGUUCUCUGCGGUGAGCUGAUCCCCACCGACGGUGAGAUCUGGUCGCACGAGAACAUCCGUAUUGCGUACAUCAAGCAGCACGCCUUCGCUCAUAUCGACAAUCACCUGGACAAGACGCCCUCUGAGUACAUCCAGUGGCGUUUCCAAACCGGCGAGGAUCGUGAGACCAUGGACCGUGCCAACAAGAUCAUCACCGAGGACGACGAGAAGGCUGCCGAGAAGAUCUUCAAGAUCAACGGCACGCAGCGUCGUGUCAUUGGCAUCCACUCGCGCAGAAAGCUCAAGAACUCUUACGAGUACGAGUGCUCUUUCGCCCUGGGUGAGAACGUUGGCAUGAAGGGCGAGCGCUGGGUCCCCAUGAUGACCGCUGACAACGAGUGGCUGGCUCGUUCCGAGCUGCUCGCUUCCCACCAGAAGCAGGUCGCCGAGGUGGACAUGAAGGAGGCCCUCGCCUCCGGUCAGUUCCGCCCCCUGGUGCGCAAGGAGAUUGAGUCUCACUGCGAGAACUUCGGUCUGGAUGCCGAGCUGGUGUCUCACUCGCGCAUGAAGGGUCUGUCUGGUGGUCAGCGUGUCAAGGUCGUCCUGGCUGCUUGCUCGUGGCAGCGCCCUCACUUGAUCGUGCUCGACGAGCCCACCAACUACCUGGACCGUGACUCUCUCGGUGCCCUGUCCAAGGCCCUGAAGAAGUUCGAGGGUGGUGUGAUUAUCAUUUCUCACGCCGCCGAGUUCACCCAGAACCUCACUGAGGAGGUCUGGGCCGUCCUGGACGGCAAGAUGACUCCUUCGGGCCACAACUGGGUCCAGGGCCAGGGUUCCGGCCCCAGACUCGAGAAGAAGGAUGAUGACGAGGAGGACAAGUUCGACGCUAUGGGCAACAAGAUUGUUUCCACCAAGAAGAAGGCCAAGCUGACCUCGAGCGAGGCACGUAAGAAGAAGAAGGAGCGUAUGGCUCGUCGCAAGAGGGGUGAGGAGGUUUUCUCCGAUGAGGACGACUAAACGAGUCUCGCCAAAGACGAGUAUGACGAAAAAGACUGGAAAAUAUCGGUUUGCGAGGUUACGGCGUUUUCAGUUGGAUUGAUUUGAUUCACGCGUUUCGUCUGCACUUUUCAUGGCCCCGACUUGACCAGCAUGCAUGAAGACGAGGUUUCCCGAUCUGUCACAGAGAGAGAUAGACAUACAAGAUUUAGACGGCUCUCUCCACCUUGAGGUUUGGAGGCCCUCCUGGUGGGAGAUUCGAUUAGAUCUCUGUUGUUUGUUGAGGACAUAGGCGGCUGAUAGAGGAAGAUCACGUCGUACGUGAGAACCAUAUACCAGAUAGAUGAGGGUUCAUGACACGUGGAAAAAGUAUAGAGAGGGUGGAUAGACAAGAUACUAUUUCAUCCCAAAAAACAAUUCAUAUGUUCUUCAAAAAG